AAACAAAGAAAAUCAAGUCUGCGAGGAGCGAGGGUUUGCUCCCCUCUGCUCCGGAUUUGGGUGUCCAGGGUAGCGGGCGCGGCACGGCAAACAGGUCGGGGCGCUCAGCUUCACCCCAACCUUCUCCGCCCCGCCAGCCCCCGCUCCAGCUGCGCCAGAAAGUGCGAGCCUGCCCGCUCCUUUCGCUUUUCGCUCGCUGCACCCCAAGCCCCAGAACACCCGCGUCCGCACACUAAGGGCACCACCGCUCUCCCACCUCUGCGCUGUCAGAUGUCAGGCGCGGAGGUGCUCUGGGCACCGAGGUGCUGGCGAACCAAACAAGUGUCACCCUGGACGUCUGCCCCCACUCCGAGAGAGCGGGCGGGACGGCCACAGGCUUGAUUGCUGUAAGUUGAACACGUCAGUGGCAGGGGCACCAGCUGCACAACCCUAGGAGCCACCAAACACAGUGUAUUCUAUAUAAAUGUUGCUGCCAGGAACCCCAGUUCAAACUACAAUACACUGAGAGAUGGUUGGUACCAUGUGGAAGGUGAUUGUUUCGCUAGUCCUGUUGAUGCCUGGCCCCUGUGAUGGGCUAUUUCGCUCCCUAUACAGAAGUGUUUCCAUGCCACCUAAGGGAGACUCAGGACAGCCAUUAUUUCUCACCCCUUACAUUGAAGCUGGGAAGAUCCAAAAAGGAAGAGAAUUGAGUUUGGUCAGUCCUUUCCUAGGACUGAACAUGAGGAGUUAUGCCGGCUUCCUCACCGUGAAUAAGACUUACAACAGCAACCUCUUCUUCUGGUUCUUCCCGGCUCAGAUACAGCCAGAAGAUGCCCCAGUAGUUCUCUGGCUACAAGGUGGGCCGGGAGUUUCAUCCAUGUUUGGACUCUUUGUGGAACAUGGGCCUUAUGUUGUCACAAGUAACAUGACCUUGCGUGACAGAGACUUCCCCUGGACCACAACGCUGUCCAUGCUUUACAUUGACAAUCCAGUGGGCACAGGCUUCAGUUUUACUGAUGAUACCCACGGAUAUGCAGUCAAUGAGGACGAUGUAGCACAGGACUUAUACAGUGCACUAAUUCAGUUUUUCCAGAUAUUUCCUGAAUAUAAAAAUAAUGACUUUUAUGUCACUGGGGAGUCUUAUGCAGGGAAAUACGUGCCAGCCAUUGCACACCUCAUCCAUUCCCUCAACCCUGUGAGAGAGGUGAAGAUCAACCUGAAAGGAAUUGCUAUUGGAGAUGGAUAUUCUGAUCCCGAAUCAAUUAUAGGUGGCUAUGCAGAAUUCCUGUACCAAAUUGGCUUGUUGGAUGAGAAGCAAAAAAAGUACUUCCAGAAGCAGUGCCACGAAUGCAUAGAACACAUCAGGAAGCAGAACUGGUUUCAGGCCUUUGAAAUACUGGAUAAACUACUAGAUGGCGACUUAACAAGUGAUCCUUCUUACUUCCAGAAUGUUACAGGAUGUAGUAAUUACUGUAACUUUUUGCGGUGCACGGAACCUGAGGAUCAGCUUUACUAUGCGAAAUUUUUGUCACUCCCAGAGGUGAGACAAGCCAUCCACGUGGGAAAUCGGACUUUUAAUGAUGGAACUAUAGUUGAAAAGUACUUGCGAGAAGAUACAGUACAGUCAGUUAAGCCAUGGUUAACUGAAAUUAUGAAUAAUUAUAAGGUUCUGAUCUACAAUGGCCAACUGGACAUCAUCGUGGCAGCUGCCCUGACAGAGCACUCCUUGAUGGGCAUGGACUGGAAAGGCUCCCAGGAAUACAAGAAGGCAGAAAAAAAAGUUUGGAAGAUCUUUAAAUCUGACAGUGAAGUGGCUGGUUACGUCCGGCAAGUGGGUGACUUCCAUCAGGUAAUUAUUCGAGGUGGAGGACAUAUUUUACCCUAUGACCAGCCUCUGAGAGCUUUUGACAUGAUUAAUCGAUUCAUUUAUGGAAAAGGAUGGGAUCCUUAUGUUGGAUAACCUACCUUCCCAAAAGAGAACAUCAGAGGUUUUCAUUGCUGAAAAGAAAAUCAUAAAAACAGAAAAUGUCAUAGGAAUAAGAAAAUUAUCUUUUCAUAUCUGCAAGAUUUUUUCAUCAAUAAAAAUUAUCCUUGAAACAA